AGAAUAAUUUACGAAUCAUUUUGACGUUUCACCCAAUAACCCCUGCAUCUUUGUAUGAGCUUUGCUCAACCUCCUUAUCAGGUCUGCAAUAGCUUACUCUCAUCUCAGAUAAACCGCACAAGUCACGCCUCGCCUCAUCAUUCAUGCAUCAUAUCGGGAAUUCGCCUAGGUCGUCGCCGAUACUGACAGUGAAAUGUCUCAGACGGUCGCGCGAUUUUGUCUUUUUGAAACUCCGACCUCCACCUUGCAGAAGAACGAUGGCAGUUUCCGAAAUGGCUGAUGCGUGAAUGGGAGAGAAGGUGACCUGGUCAUGCGCUUGUGACCAUGCCGUGUGACGGGCGACAACGGUAUCGGAGCAAAAUGCUCUGACGCCCAUCGCCUCCAUCCCAUCUCCUCCAUCCCAUCUUCCAUUGUCAUCAUCAAUGACAUUGCAGUACGCUCGCAGAUCCAGCAUUAUCGACCCCAUGUCCAAUGCUAUGUCCAUUCAAAGCACUGUGGAUGGGCUCAGUGGAGCUCAAGCUCCCAAUACUCAUGGAAUUCUCGCAAACUCCACCGAGGCGAUACAGCGUCUCAUUACAAGAUUCCCAUACGCCUCUAGUCCUCAGGCUCUGACUAAGCCUGGCCCAUUGUUGCCCCUCGAGGUCCUCAAUAUGUCGAUCUACCAUGUUCGGGGUGAUGGCCAUCGAGAUGCGCUCGCAUCUCUCCGACUCGUCUCUAAAGCAUUUGAAAAAAUUGCCACUCCCAUUUUCUUUGAAGACCUCACCCUCACGCGACGCAACUUUUUCGACGCGAUGCCUCUCGCCACGACCUCCAAAGAGCGUUCCCAUGAGCAUGCGGAGCAGCGUAAAGCUCGACUUAUGGGCUACGUCAAGCGAUUGACUGUCAAGAGUCUGCCCGUGGGAUCUUCCCUUCGGGCUUGGUCCCAAUCACAGGUGCUGGCACCGAAAAACUCUGUAAUUUUCAAGUCGAUUGAUUCCCUCAAUUUUCAAUGUGUACCGUGGACAAUGAAGAAGCCUUGUGGUGUUAAAUGGUUUGCUGGGCAAAUUCACCACUUCUUCCCAGAAGAUCAGCUCCGCCUGGUCACACUCGGUUUCGUUGGCAAAAUGGACGACGUCUUCGAUAUCAAGGUGACCGAUACACUAUUCACACGACUCAGCCCCGUUGUCCGCCAGUGCACGAUCGAAUACCUGCUUCCAGCUGGUAGGAUGCCGCACGUUGUCCCAGGCGCUCCACGACAUGUCUUGUCCUUGCGUAGUGGUGAGUGAUCGAGAUAACAUCUUUCCAGUAUUUCUGCUGACCUACUUAGGCGGACGCAUGCUAGCCAUAGACGUCAUCAGGGAUAUCGUACACAUGGCCGAUACUUAUGUCGACAGCAUAGAAGGAGACGGCACCGAAGGCGACGUACCAAACCCAUGCUACCUACCUGCCGAAU